GUUCAAUUUUGCUGGUUUUCCGCUUCCUUUUACCCGAGCGCUCCGCCGACAUGGGACGGGUCAAAUAACAGGCAACCUUAUUCCCCCCAAGCGCACACACACACGCACACACAGAGACCCACAAAGAGAGGAGAGAGAGAUGUCUCUGGUGGACUACGACGCUUCUUCGGACGAAGACGUUUCGGAGGACGAAGACAACGAAGAACAAGUAGAAGAAGAGGAAACAGGAAGGAAACCAGAAGCCCCGAAACCCCGACUUGCUCAAUCCCAGCCUUCUCCUCUGCCUCUUCCUCAGAUCCGGGAAUCAUCAUAUGCAUCAGACCAUCAGCUAGAAACCACAGCAGGUUCACCAGCGCCCCCUAUUGAGAAACUUCCUGAUGCUUCCCUCUUGUUGGAUGCUCCGGCUGGAUUGGCUUCUCCGUUGAGCAGUGGUGACCAUGCUUCUAGAGUUGCAGCAGCAAGGGCUGAAAGUGCUCUGCGAAAGAGAGAGUCUCAUUCGUUAUCUUCAUCUGUUCCCCGCAGCAAAAUGCCAAGGGGGACAUUACCCCAUAUGAAGAAUGUUCCAGAUACUGUUGAUGGACUGCUGGUUCCUCCUCAGCUUAGUGGAAGGAGCAAUGUUGUCACUGAAGAUAUCAGCAAGUUGUUUGUAAAGGGACAUGCAGAGAAAUCAUCUCAUUAGGGAACUUACAAACAGGUCUUAGUUUCUUCGCUGUAUCCUUAUCACACCUCUCUGAUUAAAGCCAUGGCUAUGCUUACUUUCUUGAGGGUCUGGCAUGUACAGAAUGGCGAGCAAUGUUGUAUGAGAAUGAUCCGAUGAGAGAUUCAUAAAGCUGACAGGAUGAUGUCAUGGAAUUGCGUCAGAACAUAAAAUUUUGUAUGUGCUAGAGCGUGGAUGUUGCAGGAAACUAUUUGGCAGAUCCAUUCUGUUAGUUUAAUGGGGCACAUGGUAUGAUACUGGCAUUGAUAAGUUGAAUCUACCCUGUUGAUGGAGGAUAAAUGUGUUGCUAAAGUCACAUGAUUUGUGAGGUUUAUUACUGCCGUGAUGGGCUGUAUCUCCUAAAAAUAAAUUUGCAUCAUUUCUCUUCUUCUCAGCCGGCCUAUGCCUACCCUAAUUACGCUGCUGUUCC